AUGAAAGAAGCCUUACUCAUCCUGCUGUUCAUCAACUUCCUGGUGACAAUGGUGUCAGCCACCCCUUCCGAGCUUGGCAUAUCAUUGCCAGGGUGCCCCAAUAAGUGUGGCAAUGUAUCUAUUCCCUACCCCUUCGACAUCGGCGCAAGCUGUGCUGCAACCAACCUGAACUCCUACUUUGCUCUGACAUGCAACAACAGCUUCCAACCACCAAGACCUAUGUUUGGUGUCUCUCCCAGAGAUGUAGAGGUCAUUGACAUCUUCUUGGAGCAUGGCGAGGCCCAUGUUUAUGGCGAUGUCAGCUACAGCUGCUUCACGUCAAACUCCACAUCAUACAACUACACCACUGGGUUCAGACUGGAUACCACGCCAUUCAUCAUCUCCACCCGCAACCAUUUCACAGUCAUUGGCUGCAACACCCUCUGGCUCAUCGGCAGCACCAUGGACAACAGCUCUGAUUUGCAUGUGGCUGGCUGCUACUCCUACUGUGAAGGCAUCAACAGCACAUCUAACGGGGCGCCGUGCACAGGGACAGGAUGCUGCGAGACUGCCAUCUCCUCCAACCUCACAGACUUCAUACCAAUAAUCACAAUGAACGAGAGCAGUGUAUGGAACUUCAACCCAUGCUCCUAUGCGAUGCUUGUCGAGGCUGGGUGGUACAGCUUCAGGAGCCAGGACCUUAUCGGCGACCAUGGGUUCAUCAAUGACAGAGCUCCUAGAGGUGUCCCUGUCGUCAAUGACUGGGCCAUUAGAAACAGUUCCUGUCCGAAGGAUGGGGCAAAAGCACCAAAAGACUAUGCUUGUGUCAGUUCAAACAGCUACUGUGUGAAUGCAAGCAAUGGUCCAGGAUACUUGUGCAAGUGCUCUAUAGGUUAUGAGGGCAAUCCUUAUCUUCUCAAAGGUUGCCAUGAUAUAGAUGAGUGCGAACUGCGUAAGCAGGACGUUAGGUACAAAAAACUGUAUCCAUGUGAAAAUGGGCGCUGUCGCAAUACACCAGGAGGCUACAUAUGCAAGUGCAGGAUAGGAACAAGAUCAGAUGGUACAAAUUCUGGAUGCCGACCUGUGCUUAGCAAAGCUGAACAGGCAGUUAUAGUAAGCAUAAGGAAGGAGAAGGAUGAAUAUUUCAAACAAAAUGGGGGUCUAAGAUUAUAUGAUAAAAUGAGAUCAAGGCAAGUUGAUACCGUUCUCAUACUCUCAGAGAACGAGAUAAAGAAAGCCACAGACAACUUCAGUGAAGAUAAUGUUCUUGGAUGUGAUGGUCAUGGAAUGGUCUACAGAGGAACUUUAGAUGAUAACAAAGAAGUUGCCAUAAAGAAGUCCAAACUAAAGGAUGAUGACAGCAGAGAAGAAUUUGUGAAUGAGAUAAUAAUCUUAUCACAAAUUAACCACAGGAACAUUGUAAGGUUACUAGGAUGCUGCUUGGAGAUAGAUGUGACGAUGUUGGUGUAUGAGUACAUUUCCAAUGAAGCUCUUGCCUACAUUCAUUCAGCAACUUCUCGCACAAUUCUACGUGGAGAUGUCAAAUCCCUCAAUAUACUCUUGGAUGAAGAAUACAAUGCAAAAGUCUCAGAUUUUGGAGCAUCAGCACUGAAGUCCAUGGACAAAAAUGAUUUCAUUAUGCUUAUCCAAGGAACUCUUGGUUAUAUUGACCCUGAGAGCUUUGUCAGUCACCAUCUAAGUGAUAAAAGCGAUGUAUACAGUUCUGGGGUUGUUCUUUUAGAGUUAAUGACAAGAAAGAAGGCUUUAUACAUUGAUGCCUCUAAUGAGAAGAGAGCACUAUCUCAUACUUUCAUACAGAUGUUCCACCAGAAUGAGCUCCGGGAUAUUUUGGACAGUGAAAUAGUACAUGAUGAAACAAUGAUAGUACUUCAGAAACUAGCUGAACUUGUCAUGCACUGCCUGAGCCCAAAAGGAGAUGAGAGGCCAACGAUGAAGGAAGUUGCAGAGCGACUACAAAUGUUAAGAAGGCUCGAGAUGCAGCAGGUGACAAAGACACCUCCUAUUCAAGCACACCAUUAUUAUGAAGAGCAAUCAGUAUAUGUCCCUUCAGAUGAGACGGAAUACCAGAGCAUGGAGACAACCAAACUGGAAUUGGAGGUAGACAUUGUAAGAUAA